AAGGGAACAACAGCGAAAAAAGACCUCAGUCAAAAGCCGCUUGCUUCUCACCACUCUCCCCAGACAAAACCUCAAACCUCUCCACGUCGGAUCUGUCGACCCUCCCUAGACUUUCUCUUUUUCUCCCCACUCAGUGUUUGUUCGCUGCUUCGAUUCCUUCCGUCACAAUGGCUGCUGCUCAAGUUCAGGUCUCCGAGCCCAAGAAGCUCGAGGGAUUCUCUCUCUACUCUCGUUUCGCCCUCGCUGGUGCCGUCUGCUGCUCCGUCACCCACGGUGGUCUGACUCCCGUCGAUGUCGUCAAGACCCGUAUCCAGCUCGACCCCGCUACCUACAACCGUGGUCUCAUCGGUGGUUUCCGCCAGGUUAUUCAGAAUGAGGGUGCUGGCGCUCUCCUGACUGGUGCUGGCCCUACCUUUGCCGGUUACUUCCUGCAGGGUGCUUUCAAGUUCGGCGGUUACGAGUUCUUCAAGGCCCAGUUCAUCAACCAGCUCGGCCUUGAGACUGCCUCCAACAACCGCACUGCCAUCUACCUGGCCUCCUCUGCCGCCGCCGAGUUCUUCGCCGACAUUGCCCUCUGCCCUCUUGAGGCUACCCGUAUCCGUCUCGUCUCCGAGCCCACCUAUGCCAACGGUCUCGUCGGUGGUUUCUCCAAGAUGCUGAAGAACGAGGGUAUCGGUGCUUUCUACGCCGGUUUCGGACCCAUCCUGUUCAAGCAGAUCCCUUACACCAUGGCCAAGUUCGUCGUUUUCGAGAAGGUCUCUGAGGCCGUCUUCCGUGCCUUCCCCAAGGAGGAAAUGUCCGGCGGCAUGCAGACCACUGCCAACCUGGGCUCUGGUCUCAUUGCUGGUUUCGCCGCUGCCAUCGUUUCCCAGCCUGCCGACACCAUGCUUUCCAAGAUCAACAAGACCAAGGGCCUUCCCGGUGAGGGAACCACCUCCCGUCUGAUCAAGAUCGGCAAGGAGCUCGGCCUCCGUGGCUCUUACACCGGUAUUGGUGCCCGUCUGUUCAUGGUCGGAACCCUGACCGCUGGUCAGUUCGCCAUCUACGGUGACCUGAAGAAGGCUCUCGGCGCCGUUGGCGGUGUUGAGAUUGCCAAAUAAAUUUAAUAUUUUAUGAUUUGAUGACAAAAAAUGGGGUUUUGGAAGGGCGAGUGAAAAUGGACCGAGAUUUCGAAGAGGGGGCAGCUAUAUACGGUAUUGCCCAGAAGAGCUGGGCUUUCCUUGGGUUGCUGGGAGUUUUUCCUGUUACAUAUAGAAAGGGAACAGUUUCCAUUUCGGCCGAGACCUUUGAGAGAUUUGGUUUCUUGUUCGAUUGUUUAAUCGGGUUGAUGAAGAGGGCCUUAGACACAAGGCGCCGGUAUACAUCUCUUGAUUGCCUGGAGUAGAGUAUAGAAUCGGCAGACCACCGGCAUCCCCGCUAAGGGUUGUAUAAUAGUCAAUCUUCUUGCGUUAUCUGAUAGACUGGAGUUUUCUGGUUACAUUGCCGCUUUUCAUUGAGCAAUUUUUGUUUUGUUGGCACA